CGCCCCGGCAACAUCCUCUCCCACGCACCGCGUAUCCUGUUUCCCACCGGAAAUAGGUCCCUGCUCGCCCACCGCCCAGGAUUUGCAAGCUACGAGCUCUCGAGACCACUAGCCCAGGUGUCGGUGCUGUCGUGGUGUGUUGCGUGAAGAUCAGGCACCAUCCUGGGGAGACAGCAGCCUCUGAGGAGCUGCUAUGCAAACUGCAAAAUAGCUAUGAAUAUCACAGCCCUGGACUGACCAGACGUCUGCACUCUGCUUGUUCUUUCCUAGCUUCGGCGCUCGUUUGGACUUUCACAAUCAGAGAUGGCAGCAGAGCCGGCAACAGCGCUAGCUCUGGAGUCUUGGCCCUCUCAUCCGGUCUACGCAAGAUACUGGCAACAUUACCAUCAAGCGAUGGCGUGGAUGCACUGCCACCAGAAUGCCUAUCGGAAGGCCAUGGAAUCUUGCUUCAUGUCCCCGUGGUACUCUUCUGCCAUGGGCCUUCCCCAGAGCGCUUAUGCUCAGGAGGGCAGAAGGCCUCAGUCCUGCUACGAGCAUCCCCCAGCCUCCUGGAACUCCCACCACAGUCAUUCACAUGCUGGCGGGCGUGGACCACAUCCACGUGGCAGAGAAGAGCCAGCUUGGUACGCAGAGGAGGAGAAGGAGAAAGAGAGCGAGUCCGACGAUGGUGGCAUAGAAUGCGACGUGAGCAACAUGGAGAUCACGGAGGAGCUACGCCAGUACUUCGCCCAAACCGAGAGGCACCAGGAGGAGCGCCGGCGGCAGCAGCAGCUGGACGCGGCGCGCCUGAACGACUACGUGAACGCGGACCACGACCUGUACCGCGACACGCGCCGCCGCUCCGUGCUGCCCCCAGCUGAGCGGCCCGGCGAGCGGCGCCGGGCCGAGAUGCGGCACCUGUACGGGGCCAGCGCCGCCAAGAUCCAGGCCAUGGAGGCGGCCGUGCAGCUCAGCUUCGACAAGCACUGCGACCGCAAGCAGCCGAAGUACUGGCCAGUCAUCCCGCUCAAGUUCUGAGCCGCGCCCCUUCCUCUCGCUGUCCCCCCUCCCCCUCUCCCGUGGCUCUUCUCUGGGUAAGGCUGACUAAUGAGCACGUUCACCAAAGUCCCCGGGGGGCGGGGGCAAUGUCAGCCACCUGGAGGUGGGCAGGACGUGCCCUGCUGCCAACAUGAGAGAUCUUCUCUUGAGGUAAAACGCGAAUUUCAUAUACAUCCCACUGGUUUUUAAUGUCACUAAGAGCGACCAGUUCAUUAAAGUUCUCGCUUGGAGAUACUGCCUA